ACGCUCUCUCUCUCUCUCUCAAGCAUUCCAGGAGAGACAUCAAAAACAAGUAAGUUCAAAUCCCUCCCUUUCUCUUUGAAUUGUUUAUGUCCUUGGUAGUUCUUAUAUAUAGUUUAAGCAAUACAUUUAGUUUGUAAAUUACCAAACAAAAAAAAAAAGAAAAAAAAAAAAGAAGAACAUUUAGUUUGUUACAGCAUUUGAAGGGUGUUCAAAAAACUUGAGUUGUUUUUUUUCAUUCAAGUGGUGCUUUUUCUAGUAAUCUUUAACCUACACAACCAAAAUUUGGGGUAAUUAAGGUAGAUAAUGGGUUCUAAUUUUGAACCCAUACCAGUAACUUCACAAAAACAUGACCCAGCGUGGAAGCAUUGUCAGAUUUUCAAAAAUGGGGAUAGGGUUCAGCUCAAGUGUAUAUAUUGUGGGAAAAUCUUUAAGGGUGGUGGGAUUCAUAGGAUUAAAGAACAUCUCGCGGGUCAAAAGGGUAAUGCGUCUACUUGUCUUAGAGUUCAACCCGAUGUUCGGCUUCUAAUGCAAGAGAGCUUGAAUGGGGUUGUGGCGAAAAAGAGGAAGAAACAGAAGAUUGCAGAAGAGAUAUCAAAUUUUAAUCCGUCUGGUAAUGAGAUGGACACUUUUGCUAGUCAGUGUGGUUUGAAUAAUGAAGUCCAAUUGCUUGCUGUUCCUGAUACAGUUGAACCAAUUUCGACUUUGUUAGAGAGCAGAGAAGAUGGCAGCAAAAGUAUUGGUAGAAAGAAGAAAGGGAGGGUCAGAAAAGCCUCUCAAUCCACCACUCCUAACACUGUUACCGCGAAUAGUAUACUCCCGAUAGGUUCAAAAAGGGCACAUAAUCAAGUACAUAUGGCAAUAGGGCGGUUUUUAUAUGAUGUUGGGGUACCUUUGGAUGCAGUGAACUCGGUUUAUUUCCAACCAAUGGUUGAUGCAAUUGCUUCACAAGGAGCUGGAGUUGUAGCCCCUUCUUAUCAUGAUCUUCGGAGUUGGAUUUUGAAGAAUUUAGUUCAAGAAGUAAGGAAUGAUCUUGAUCAAUGUAUGGGUACUUGGGGAAAGAAUGGUUGUUCUGUAUUGGUCGAUGAAUGGAUUUCAGAAAAGGGUAGAACAUUGAUAAACUUUUCAGUGUACUGUCCUGAAGGAACAAUGUUUUUACGGUCUGUGGAUAUAUCUGAUACUGUAAAUUCCUCCGAGGCUCUUUAUGAAUUGCUUAAGGAAGUGGUGGAAGAAGUUGGGGAGAGAAAUGUGUUGCAAGUGAUUACUAAUAGUGAAGAGAGAUAUAUUGUUGCUGGGAAGAAGUUGACUGAUACAUUCCCUACUGUUUUUUGGACUCCUUGUGCUGCUCAUUGUGUAGAUUUGAUGCUCUCAGAUUUCAGAGAGCUUGAGUGGAUAAAUACAAUACUUGAACAAGCUAAAUCUAUAUCAAGAUUUAUCUACAAUCAUAGUUUUGUUUUGAAUAUGAUGAGAAGGUAUACUUUCGGCAUUGAUUUAGUUGAUCUGGGAGCUACUCGCUUUGCGACAGACUUCAUGACACUGAAAAGAAUGGUAAAUGUCAAACACAAUUUACACUCCAUGAUCACUUCAGAGGAGUGGAUGGAGUGCCCGUACUCGAAGAAAGUAGGGGGAUCGGCAAUGUUAGAUUAUAUUGGUAGCCAGCAAUUUUGGUCCUCAUGCAUCUUAAUCGUCCGGUUGACAGAUCCACUACUGCGACUUUUGAGAAUGGUUGGUAGUGAGAAGAGGCCUGCAAUGGGAUAUGUUUAUGCAGGCAUAUAUAGAGCAAAAGAAACAAUUAAGAAAGAACUUGUCAAUAAGAAGGAUUAUUUGGUUUACUGGAAUAUUAUGGAUCACAGGUGGGAACAACUACAACGCCAUCCUCUUCAUGCUGCAGGUUUCUACCUCAACCCCAAGUUUUUCUAUAGUGUGGAAGGAGAUAUACAUCUCCACAUCCGGUCAUUGGUAUAUGAUUGCAUAGAGAAAUUGGUUCCGGACCCAAAAAUCCAAGACAAAAUUGUGAAAGAGACAACAUCGUACCAUGAUGUUGCUGGAGAUUUUGGGCGGAAGAUGGCAAUUAGAGCUAGAGACACUUUACUUCCUGCUGAGUGGUGGUCAACAUAUGGAGGGGGUUGCCCAAAUUUGGCUCGCUUGGCCAUCCGUAUUCUUAGUCAAACUUGCAGUUUGAUUGGAAGUCGUUCAAACAAUAUUCUUAUUGAACAAAUGCAUGAGACAAAAAACUGCCUAGAGCAUCAGAGGCUCAAUGACCUUCUUUCCGUUCAGCACAACUUGCGAUUGGGGCAAAUGGUUCGGAAGUACAAAGAACAAGAUGCCAUGGACCCCAUUUCAUAUGACAACAUUGCUAUUGUUGAGGACUGGGUUUCAGAGAGGGAAUUGUGCUUGGAAGAGUUUGGGAGCCCAGAUUGGAUGGCAGUUGAUCCACCCUUAGGCAACCCAAUGGUUUUGGUACCACAAACGGAUGACGCUGAAGAUUUAGGCGCAGGGUUUGAUGAUUAUGAAAUUUUUGAUGGGGUGAAAGACAGUGAAGAGGACAAUGGUGAAGAUAAUGUUGUAAGCUAGUAGAAGGAAGCCAAGAAAUGAUUUUUUGUACCCAAAUACUUUGAUGAAUAGUUGUCUCCCACUUUGUAAUCAAGCAGAGAAAAGUAGAAUAGUAGUGUAAGAUAUUUGUGUAUAUUUUGAGUUGAUCAAAACCAUAGAAAAUGCUGAAUCAGUUUUGCACUUUUAGUUGCUGAAAGGCUGGACUUUUUUUUUUUCUUAGCUGUGGAAUAGUUGUAGUAAAUUCCUUUCUUUUCUUCCCUCUUCUUAGCAUUCAAGCAAGAGCAAAUUUGACUGUAAAUCUGGGCAGAUCUAAGAGAGCAAAAUGGAAACAGCCAAAAAAGGGACAUUUUAACGCAAA